UGUCCCUUUGCCAGCGAAUAUGGUGAUGUCAUGAGGAGGUGCAUAACCUUGGGAAACACAUCUAGAAUCUUCGUGAAUCUUCUGUUCCUUUAGUGUGACCUCAUAUUCUCAAGUAUUGCAGAUAUACUCAGUGGGAAGAUAGGGAAGCAAUAAUUCAGUAGACUUUUGUUUCAGGCUUAUAAAUCUGUGUGUUCAUUAGACUUCCGUGGUAAGUUAUUUACAACAGAAGAAAAAAAAGACAUUAGUGGUUUAAAAUUCUUAUGUAUUUAUGUUGUGGUGCUUGCGCUCUGGAGUGUAUACAAGUAAGAGGUGUCCAGAGAUAGAAUAAUGGAUGUUCCAGUUGACCUAUAUUUUCAAGGAAGGUUACAGCAUAGAAUGGUAUUAAACCUUCUGUUGUUAUUGUGUAACCCCAGCUAAGAUGGGUACAACAAUGGGAAGGUUAAAUAGCUUUUCUUGUGAUUAUGUUCAUUGUUACUAAUUUGAAAACUAUACAUUUUCUAUUUAAAGGAAAUUGCUUUUUAAGCAACAAUAAAGAGCAAUGAAGAGCUCGACUUGUUUUUGUGCAGUAAGAACUUCCUGCUCUUGGUGCCUGUUUUUUUGUAAAGCAAGCAUUAAAGUAUUGUUUGCUGUCACUAAUGUCAUUUGAAAGCGAGAUAGACCUAUUUUUCAAAUGCUGCUCCUGUCAUUACUGUCGAUCUGGAAGAUGCUUUAUGUAUUUGCUUAGCAGCCUAUCUUGUUACUCAUUUACUAAAGAAAGAACAAAUACUGCCUUGCUGUCCUUUUAACAACUUGCAUGAACAAUAGUGAACUUCAGAUAAAGUUGAUCAGGGAUAGAGACCUCAAAAAUGGGAAUGUUCUACAACUUUCAUGAAAAUGACAGUUUUGUAGGAAGGUUCUGUUGGUGCCCCUACAACUAAAGGUUCCUUCUUUCUGGGAAAAGAAAGAAUCUUUAGAUAUCUUGUCCACAGGGGAUGCUUUUUUUUGCUUCUUAUUGCAGAUCAGAAAAUGUAGUCAAGAGACAUUCUGCAGCUGCAAAUUGGGCUCUUGUCAGUCCUGUUGUUCAUAGAUCUACUUGUUCUAUUCAGAAUUUCAAUGCUAAAUAGUUAAAGAAACAAUUGCUAUAAAUUGCCUCAGUAUCUGUAGGGGCUGAUCACCAACCCUUCCUAAAUUUUGUACGCUCGCAUUAUAAAUUUUUCCAUUCCCACCAUAGUUUCCUCACAAGGGGCAACUCUACGCUGUAACUAUUUUUAAGUUCAUGACUUUUCUUAGCAAGUCAACAUUUUGGUUGGUUUGGGCAUCUCCUGUUUACAAAGAAUAUCUGCAGAGCUACAAAGUGUGCUUGUGUGCAGCCUCCCUAUGGCAACCGGUGAUGUGCUGGCCAAGAUGCAGCUUGACUCUGCUCCAAAUCUUCUGGCAUGGAUGGGUCAUCUCUGCCAAAUGCUGCAGUGUUCUACCAUCAGAGGAAAUCAAUGCCUGUGACAGUGCAAAGUCUGAAAGCUGAUUAUAAAUGGCUGAUAGACAUCUUAAUGCCACAGUACAAGUUCAGUGCUGAACCUCAAACCUAUUUUCCUUUGACAACUUCGACUGUUGAAGAGGGGCAAGAUUGGGCAUCUGUUCUGCAGUGCCUUGUCCCUGCAUGCUGCUCAGCUCGCUACAAUCUGGCACUGCUGGCCUUUUUUGGGUUCUUCCUUCUGUAUGCAUUACGUGUGAACCUAAGCGUUGCUCUGGUGGACAUGGUGGAACCAAACACAAGCUUAGCAAAGAAUACAACUUCCAAUGUGUGUCCAGAGCAUUCCUCCACCAUAAAUGUUCCUCGCAACACAACGGGGAAAAAGUAUACUUGGGAUGCUGAUACUCAGGGAUGGAUCCUUGGUUCUUUUUUCUAUGGCUAUAUCAUUACUCAGAUUCCAGGUGGAUAUCUUGCAAGCAAAAUUGGAGGGAAGCUCUUGUUGGGGUUUGGCAUCUUUGGUACCUCUGUGUUCACCUUGCUUACUCCGUUAGCUGCAGAUCUGGGAGUUGGCUACCUCAUUGCUGUCAGAGCCUUGGAAGGGCUGGGAGAGGGUGUUACCUUCCCAGCUAUGCAUUCAAUGUGGUCUUCUUGGGCUCCUCCCCUGGAACGCAGCAAGCUCCUUAGUAUUUCAUAUGCAGGUGCACAGCUGGGAACUGUUGUCUCUCUGCCACUGUCUGGUUUAAUUUGCUACUAUAUGAACUGGGUUUACGUGUUUUACAUAUUUGGUGCACUCGGUGUAUUAUGGUUCUUCUUCUGGAUGUGGCUGGUUAGUGAUACACCAGAAACUCACAAGAGUAUUUCACGUACUGAAAGGGAAUACAUUCUUUCUUCUCUAAAAGAUCAGCUUUCUACACAGAAAACUGUGCCCUGGAGACCUAUACUGGAGUCCCUUCCACUCUGGGCUAUCGUUGUGGCCCAUUUCUCUUAUAAUUGGACUUUCUAUACACUUCUCACACUCUUACCCACAUACAUGAAGGAGAUCCUGCGGUUUGAUGCACAGGAGAAUGGCUUUUUAUCUGCGCUACCUUAUUUUGGCUGCUGGCUUUGUAUAAUUCUGUCUGGACAAAUUGCUGAUCAUUUACGAGAAAAACAGAACUUGUCCACUGUUUGUGUUCGCAAAUGUUUUACCCUAAUAGGAAUGAUUGGACCUGCAGUGUUCUUAGUAGCGGCUGGGUUCAUAGGAUGCAACUAUGAGCUAGCUGUUGCUUUUGUGACCAUAUCAACAACACUAGGAGGGUUUUGUACAUCUGGUUACAGCAUCAACCAUCUGGACAUAGCACCUUCGUAUGCUGGAAUUCUUCUUGGGAUCACAAAUUCUUUUGCUACUAUCCCAGGAAUGGUGGGGCCAGUUAUUGCUAAGAACCUCACUCAUAAUAAUACUGUGGGAGAAUGGCAGACAGUUUUCUAUAUUGCUGCUUCCAUUAAUCUAUUUGGAGCGAUUUUCUUUGCAUUAUUUGCAAGUGGAGAAGUUCAGGACUGGGCAGUCAGCGGUUAUCACUUCCAUAGAAACUGAAGGAAACAUUGAAAAAUACCAAAGCUGUGCUGAAUCCCAGUGUGCUAGAACUAUGUGACCAGAAAAGUGCCUUCCCUACUGAUGCCUAGGAAUCUUCAGAGCUUUUAAGUUAAACUAUUUUAUCUGUGUAUCUUUUGUACUGGCAAUCGUUUGACAAUGUGUGUGUCUGUGCUAUUUCCAAAUAAGAGACUACUUGGAUUAAAUUGAAUAGUUUCAUGCUAGAACUUGAUAUCAAAUAUAUGAUCAGAGACAGUGUUUCAAAUCAGUGUGCUAAGAUCCACUUCCUUCCAGUUUUUAAUUAAUAUUUUCUGAAUUAAUGUUUAGGCAGAUGUUUGCUGAUACUGAAAUGAGAGGGAAAAAAUGAGGUGAUUAUGUAGCACUGUGAGGAGUGGUGUGCAAAUAAUUGUACACAAAAAGCAACGUCUUGAUUUCUGUGAUGAUAUUGAUAGUUUUUGCUUUUUAAAACGCUAAAAGAUUUCUAGCCUUCUACAAUCUUUUAUAAGCUUUUAUUUUGUUAGUGUUUAAAUAGAUGUUUAAGAAAUGCACACUUGAUUUUUUACUCUAUUUUACGCACAAGUUUUCAAAUGGAAACAUUCCCUGUUUCAGGACUACAGCUUCACACUUAAUACAGAGCGGUGAGGAAGUAAAAUAUAUGAUUGUGACUGACAGAAUAAGCCAUGUGUUACUGUUCUCUGUGGUGCAGGUGUUUUUAAAUAGGCCUUAUUCAAAAAUGUGCAAAGAAGAAGCAGUGCAGCUCUACGCUGCCUAGAUUUAAACCACAAGAGUGAACUAGAAAUAGAAUAUCUACAUGUUUACAUGAAAAUAACUUUCAAUUUGGCAGUUCAUUUUUUUGUCAGUUAAAAUCAAUGUAGUGGAAUUAUUUCUUCUUUCACAUAUAUAUAUUUGUCAGCUUGUCAGUGUAAAUGCAAUAAAAUAAGGCUAUUGUAGAUAAUAAGUAAGGAAAAUCAGUUCCCUUCUGCAAUAGCUUCAUUAGAUAAAAGUAGAAUGAAAAGAACUAGUGCAAUAUCCUGAUGCUAUUAGUCUCCUGUCAGCAUAGAACUUGACACUCAAGAGUAUUCUUUGCACAACAUACAAUUAAAUGCCACACUAGGAUUAAAUGAAGUCUGUUAAAACAGUGGCCUAGAUAAGAACAAAUGGCUGAAUAAUGUAGUCACAAAGCAAAGGAAAAUUCCUGUGCCAAAGAUUCCUGGACUGGAGCAAUUAGGUAAAAAAGAAAAAAUCACUGGGCUCUGGGCUUCUCGUAACAGCAAAAGAAAAGCUCAGUACUAACACUGCUCCGGUGGAGCCUGCCUUCCUUCAUUUCUAGGAAAUGGCAUCUGCCUCUUCUUUUUAGCUUUAGGAGCCACUUUGUUUUGACCUUCCUUGAAGUGUCGUGUUCUCUGAUGGUGAAACUAUGUUUAAAUCUGUUUGUCUGCGGCAUUUCCACAAUAAACAAUGUGAACUUCAGAUGAAA